CAUUGGUUUGAGCAACAACACCCACACACAGUAGUUCGUGCUCCUCUUCAACGGAGGAAAUGACCUUCGAACCUUGAGAGAGAGCAUAAGAUGAGUCUUCUUUCUGAAUGACUCAAGGAUUUUGAGUAGCCACCUUUCUUGAUCCAACAAUUUUGGGCGGCCACUUGGAAAUUAGGUCGAAGCGAACCUAUUACAGUUGCCACCGAUGAAGAACUUCCAACCCAUAUCUGACGAUGGUGAAUACCACGAGAUUACGCUGCAACACAAGGGGAUGAGAUUUGGAAAAUGGGAUUUCAUUCUUUAUUUGGGCCGGCAAGUCUCAACAUGUCCACAUGGUAAAUACAAUCCAUGUCUUGUGUCUUAAUUGAAUACACGAAGAUUUCACAAAUCCCAAAAUGCCUUAAAAUGUCUAAAAUGAAUACACUCCCUUUAGUUUUUAAAAGUAAAGACUAUUAAAUUUCCCCAACUACCGGUCAGUCUAGUCGUCUAUAAAGGAGUUCUACCGCACAGUAAUGGCAAGAAACCCAGAAUGGAGGAGGGGUUGCUGUUGUUGAAGGCGAGAGAAGAGAAUGGUCGGAUAGGGUUGGGAUCUGUUUGGGCGGAGGUGAGGAGGUUAGGGUACUUGGCAGGUCCAAUGGCGGCUGUGACUUUAUCUCAGUAUCUAUUACCCAUCAUAUCUGUUAUGAUCGUUGGGCAUUUGGGUGAGCUUUAUCUCUCCAGCACCUCCAUAGCUGUCUCAAUUGCUGGUGUCACUGGCUUCAGUUUUAUGUUAGGAAUGGCAUGUGCUCUAGAAACACUUAGUGGGCAAGCAUAUGGAGCCAAACAGUACCACAAACUUGGAAGACAAACGUACACUGCCAUUUUCUGCCUUUUUAUCGUAUCCAUCCCCCUCGCGAUCUUGUGGACCCAAAUGGGGAAAGUGCUAGUCUUCAUAGGCCAAGAUCCUCUUAUCGCAGAAGAAACCGGAAGGUUCUUAAAGUGGCUCAUUCCGGCCUUGUUCGCGUAUUCGACCUUACAGCCUCUCAUACGUUUUUUUCAGGUGCAAAGUAUGAUCUUUCCCUUGCUCAUGAGCUCAUUCAUAACAAUGUGCUUCCACGUGGCUCUAUGUUGGGUGCUGGUUUUUAAGUCUGGUUUGAGUAAUAUUGGGGCUGCUAUCGCUAUUAGUGUGUCUCUGUGGGUGAAUGUGGUAAUCCUUUCUUUAUACAUGAGGUUCUCCCCUGCUUGUGACAAAACUCGUUCCAUUGUUUCAUGGGAAAUCUUUCAUGGAGUGAAGGAGUUUUUCAGAUAUGCCAUUCCGUCAGCCAUCAUGAUUUGUCUUGAGUCAUGGUCAUAUGAGCUACUUGUGCUGCUGUCUGGUCUACUUCCAAAUCCACAACUAGAAACUUCAGUUUUAUCUGUAUGCCUGAACACUCUCAGCACAGUUUUUGCAAUUCCAUAUGGGCUUUCUGGUGCUGUAAGCACUAGAGUAUCUAAUGAGUUAGGAUUGGGAAACCCACAGGGGGCUCGUUUGGCUUUCUUGUCUGUGAUGCUCAUUUCUGUGUCAGCGGGUGUUAUAGUAAGCGCAACCCUCUUUGCUUUUCGGAACGUAUUUGGCUAUGUUUUUAGCAAUGAGAAGGAAGUGGUGUACUAUGUUGCAGAUAUUGCCCCUCUCCUCUGCCUAUCAGUCAUAAUUGAUAGCCUUCAAGGGGCCCUUUCAGGUGUUGCUAGAGGAUGUGGGUUGCAGCAUAUAGGAGCUUUAGUCAACCUGGCUUCGUUCUAUCUAUUUGGAAUUCCAAUUGCUGCAUCACUGGCUUUCUGGUUUCACGUGAGAGGAAAGGGUCUUUGGGUUGGAAUCAUGUGUGGCUGUGCUUUGCAAACGGUUAUGCUAUCAAUAAUAACAAGUUGCACAAAUUGGAACAAACAGGCGGCUAAGGCAAGGGGGAGACUUUAUCAGUAAACUGUAAAAGUAGUAUCUUGAUGAGCCACCCAAGUGGAUGAGAAGUUAAUUAUCUAAUUAGUUUUGAGUUCCAUUUUUUCUUGUCAUUUUUCGUUUAUAUAUAUCUUAUUGAAGACCACUUCUACUGUUCUACAUGUACAAUGCCCCCCAAGAAAGAGCUAGCAAUUCUCUAGUCUCGAUUUGAUCAUUUCCCGUGAUGGUUAACAAUGAAUCUUUUAAUGUGUUAAAAAGAGAACUCUU